CUCGUCCAAUGGAGCCGCGCUGGCCGCCGCUCUACCGAGUCGGGCAGUCAGCCGAUCCGGCGCUGCCUUGUCAAAAGUCGUCGUCUCUCCCUCUCCUCCUCUUCGCGGCUCGCGCUGGGCCGCUGUCCACUGGCGACUAAACCCUGCUCGGCUCUAAUGCGUCGACGGUCCCGGCGUGCAAAGAGCCCCCUGCUCCCAUGCGCUCGCCAUGGAUGAUGGCUCCCAUGGCUGCCAUGACUCCAUGCUCCGUGCUCCGUGCUCCAUUCUCCAUCCCUUCCCCGUGGUGUGUUGCUCACCUGACGGCCCCGAGACGUCCAGUCCGCGAUUUCCAUUACCCAAUAUUGUGCGAUCCUGAGCUAAUGGCCCCGUGCAUGCCAGCACGCUCUGCCAACGUCCCUGGUGGCUGGCCCCAGGUGGCGCUUUAUCGGGGGCCCGCCUUGACCUUUCGGCUCCUCAUGAGUCCUCUCCGUCGCCUUGAGCCGGCUCGGUCGCCGCUCGCCUCUGGUCUUUAUAUCCAGGGCCAGGGCCCGAUGCGCCUGGGGCGUCCUCGACCGUUUCUUCCUUCUUCUCUCCAAACUCUGAACCUCGAUUCUAACUUGACAAUAUCUUUGUUUGACUUUUCCUCUGACCAACAGUCGACUCCGUGCUGGUUCUCCGCCUAUUCGGGUUCCCGUUUGUCUCUUACAUAACAGUUACGCUUAGGCGGCAGCUAAUACAACAUCGCCGCUCUUCGUCCCAUCCCACCUCGUCGACUCCUACCCACAACUAGGCCGCCCACCAAAACCCUCGCUGCGCUUCGCUGAAACUCACGAUAUUCGCUGAGCCGGACGAAAACCGACCUGCCUCUCUUCCUCCUUCCCUCCCACCUACCUACCUAGCUGCAUCCCUACCUCCCUUCCCCAAAGGGUCGGCCACCGCGCGCUCCUCCUCUCCUCGAGACUCGCACAUGGCCGUCCCCCUCAGCCCGACGCACCACGAG